GUGUUGAUCUCUGUCUCACGACGUCAGUGCCGCUGUUGAUCGUCAAUCCACCGUUUGUCGUCACUUGACCGUCUAACAACGUUUCAUUGCUGUGGCGCACGCUUUUGCACGCUUUCUCUCAUCAGUAAGAGAGUGAUAUUAGAUCUGAUCGAGACAUUGUCCACCAUGAGUACAUCUCAGCAGGAUGACUACCAACGCUACAUCACAGACAAUAUGGUGGAACUUGUUCAAAAGUUGUGUGUGUCUGCUAUAAUAGACCAUUUACUCUCACAUCGUUUGCUAACAAUGGAAGAAGGUCAUCGACUGAGUCAAUGUUCUACUGAGCAAGACAGAGCUAGGAUGCUGUUUUAUCACAUUCUACCAUACAAGGGAAAUGAUGUUGUUGGUAGAUUGUGUGACGUCCUCGUGGCUGCAGGACAGCAGCACAUAAUAAGAGAAGUUAUGGGUAAAGAAGAUGUAGUGGAGAGUGCAAAGUGUAGCAUCAAAGUUGGUGUGAGUGGUCAGAAAGCGUCGAGUCAACGAUUUGUGUCAUCACCAUGCCGACCAUCUGGUACUCGAUGUGAGAGUGAGAGGAAAGAGGGAACUGCAGCACAUGACUUAGAAGUUGUGAAAACUGCAGUGUGUAGUAGGAAAGUCAAUGCAAGCGUAUGUCGAUCGUUGGAAGAAGAAAGUUUGAGGUCGACAGAUUUCAGUUGUCGUGACGACUGCAAAGAGUCUGCAGCACUUGAUGUGUGUGGGGAGAGGAAGACUGAGUCACUCGCAGAACAAGUAGAAAGUGAAGAUGAAGAAGAAACGUUAUCAUGUCUAGAUGCAGAAGUGACAACUUCACGUGAUCCAGAUAAUGUGGAGCACAGUAAACCAGAUGUCUCACCCAUUGCUUCAGCUGCAUGUGCACAUUCUGAGUUACAGUCUACAACACAGGAAGAUGAGGAAAUCACGUCUCAAUCAACUUUAGUGGAAAUGAAAGGUGGAGACACACAAACAGACACUGAGAGUGUGACACACCCAUUAGUGAUGUGUGAGCAUGCAUGGCUCUCACUCAUGUCUCGUGUUGAGCCGUGGUCAGCUGUUCGAAUGAAUUACUCUUUCCUGUCUCGAUGCCUUUGUUUUACCACUGAAUUUCUUGGCUGUCUGUAUGAACGAUUUCUCAUAUCCAAAGACGACUUGGAUGCUCUAAAGAACAAUCGUCUCACUCACGAAGGAAAAGUACAUCUACUUGUCAUUGAUAUUCUUCCCACUAAACCGAUUGUGAUGUUUCCCACAUUCUGCAACAUUCUUCGUGUUGUCGGUCAGUCACAUGUUGCUGACAAGCUGGAAGAGGAUCCUCUGAAAGUUUCUCUCUUUACACAAGGGACAACAAGAUCACAAGAAACUGUGAGUCUUGAAAGACAAGUGGAGCUGCUGCUUGUUCAAGUGUCUCAACUGGACAGGGAAAGAAGAGCAGCCGAGGAAAUGGCCAUACACGAGAGACGACGAGCUGAUGCUGAAAAGAUACGAGCAGAUAGUGCCGAGGCACGAGCAGAUGCUGCAGAAACACGAGCUUGUACUGAGAAAAGUCGAGCCGAUAGUGAAAAGAUACGAGCAGAUGGUGCAGAAACACGAGGGAAGGAAGUGGAGACAGAAAAGAUGGGAAUUGAAUGGACAAAUUUGUCAUUUCGAUGUUAUCAUAAACAUCCAGAUAAUUACAAGCAGAAUGCAUUACCAACAGGCUGGGAGAUGGCAAGGAGGUAUGAUGGGAGAAUCUACUUUGUAGACCACAACACAAGAACAACAACUUGGGAUGAUCCAAGGAAAAGGAAUGUGAAUGUUGGGUCUAAUGAGAGACGAUUUGAUGAGAUGCAGUCACAGCAAGAGAAUGAAAUCAAUGACAGUCUGCCAUCAUGGACACAGUGGAAUGUACACAUGCCUCAUCACAGGUGGUUGCCAUAUAAUAGAAUGGGAGAGAUUGAAGGCAGACUAGUGGUAGGAGGUGAAGAUGGUAAUCUGCAUGUUCUCACUUAUGAACAUGAUAAGUGGGACAAGUUUGUCAGAAAGAAUGGUGACAUCAGGAAUGUAGUGUGUCAUCAAGGUGUGUGUCUGGUGUGUGUGAAGGAUGAAGAUAAAGAUCAGUUUGUGAUUGAACAAUUUUAUUUGAAUGAAGACAAGAAAUGGCGUUUCCUUACAGUUCUACCAAACGAACUGCAAUUGGAUGGUGUAUCUGUUGCUCUUCAUGACAACUCACUGUAUGUGGUGGGUGGUGAGCCUGAGCCAUGGGAGUGUGUGAACGCAGCACGUGUGUGUGACCUUCACAGCGGUCAUUGGUAUAAGAUGGAUGACAUGCAAACAAAACGUCGUUUCUGUUCUUCUGUUAUUAUAAACAACACAGUGUUUGUAGGGGGAGGAUGGAGUGAUGUACCUUACUAUUGUAAUAUUGUUGAGUGUGCAGAUGUUCGUGAUAGAAAAUGGAGAACAAUCCCCUCUAAAACCACAUAUAGACCUACACUAACGUCAGUCAGCAACAGAUUGGUGGGGACUGGAGGAUUGACACAACAGAGGAUUAAUUCUUAUUCUAAUAUUGUAGAAUUAUAUGAUGAGAGAUCUACCAAAUGGCUUCCUCUUCCACUCAUGACACGCAAACGGUUGGCACAUGCUGCAUUCUCAACUCAGAAUGGAGAACUCAUCACAGCAGGAGGGUUGGGUGGUGAUGAUUCAAUAGAAAGUCUUAAGUGUGACUAAUAUUUCCAUUUUCUUUCAAUUUGUGUGUAUUUGUUAUAUUAUAAUCUCUAGUGAUUGUCUAAAAACAAUUUAUUGUAACAUUUAGUGUGUGUAACAUAAAGUAGAUCCUGAACGUUGUUUUCUUAAUUAGUAGUCACGUGAUUUGCAUUUUCAACGAGCAGUCGUGAAGUGGAAAAAGGAAUGCAAGCGUUGAACAUCCGGGAGAGUUUGUGGUUAAUUUCUAGCUUUAAAUGUUUGUUCGUGUUCGUUGCUCUUUGGACAAGCGUAGCAGUAAAUCUGGUUUCAUAACGGAAAUCAGUGAGAAGGUUAUCGAUGCCAGUCAGUUAAUCAUUGAAAUGUCGACGACGUGAAUGGAUUUUUCUUCAUUUCUCAAUCGGAACUUGUCUGUCUUGCUUUAGUUGGCGAGGUUGGACUUGCGAGAUUGAUAAACGUGCUUCAUAGCUUUGAUAUUCGUGUUGAGAGUGGAGAAAACGACGAAUUGAAGUGAAAGUUGUCAGACUAAUUUUGAGUCUGUGAUUUGAUAUCAUCAAGAGUUGGAGUUUGGCCAUUGCAAAGUGGUCGUUGACUAUUGCACGUGGAGAAGGCUUGAAGGCGUCAGGCUGUGGAGCAUCAAUGAGAUCCUCAUUUCCUUAUGGAUCUGGUACGUGUGACGUUGGCGUGUGGAGUAGAGAAAUGGGCGUGUCAAUAGCUGUUGAUCAAUGACGGUCUGCCAUCAUGGACACAGUGGACUGUACACAUGCCUCAUUACAGUUGGUUGGAAUAUAAUAUAAUGGGAGAGAUUGAAGGCAGACUAGUUGUAGGAGGUUAUGAUGAUAAUCUGCAUGUUCUCACUUCUGAACAUGAUAAGUGGGACAAGUAUGUCACAAAGAAUGGUGACAUCAGGAAUGUAGUGUGUCAUCAAGGUGUGUGUCUGGUGUGUGUGGAGGAUGAAGAUAAAGAUCAGUUUGUGAUUGAACAAUUUUAUUUGAAUGAAGACAAGAAAUGGCGUUUCCUCACAGUUCUAACAAAGGAACUGCAGUUGUAUGGUGUAUCUGUUGCUCUUCAUGACAACUCACUGUAUGUGGUGGGUGGUAUGACUAAGUCAAGGGAGAGAGUGAACACAGCACAUGUGUGUGACCUUCACAGCGGUCAUUGGUAUAAGAUUGAUGACAUGCAAACAAAACAUAGUGUCUGUUCUUCUGUUAUUAUAAACAACACAGUGUUUGUAGGGAGAGGAUUGACUGAUGGACAUAGCUGUAGUAAUAUUGUUGAGUGUGCAGAUGUUCGUGAUAGAAAAUGGAGAACAAUCCCCUCUACAACCACAUAUAGACCUACACUAACGUCAGUCAUUAACAGACUGGUGGCGACUGGAGGAAUGACACAACAGAGGUUUGGUUCUCCUUCUAAUAUUGUAGAAUUUUAUGAUGAGAGAUCUACCAAAAGGCUUCCUCUUCCACAAAUGACACACAAACGGUUGUUACAUGCUGCAUUCUCAACUCAGAAUGGAGAACUCAUCACAGCAGGAGGGAGGGAUGAAGAACUCGAAACCAUUGUGUCAAUAGAAAGUCUGAAAUGUUCAUAACAUUUUGUGUUAACAAAUUACCUUAUUUUUUAGUUUGUGUGUAUUUGACAUUUUGUUACGUUUAUCCAACUGUAUGUUUAUGGUAAGAUACUUCACGUGUAUGCAAGUGUAAGAGCAUCUAAUGAUACCAUAUUAUAUUAUUAUAUCAGAUCAAGCUCCA